AUGAGCGUCACACCUCUUGGCGCUCGUCGACCGCCACUGGCGACAAUCCCCGCUUUCAACGCCGCCGAGAAUGCCGCCUCUUCCACGCCGAGCAGUAGCACCGCCCAGGGCGCGCCGCCGCUGACGCAGUCCUACCUGCAUCAUACCCCGCCGUCCCACAGCAACGCUCAGCUGCUGGCGGGCAUGAACCCGACCACCACAUCUUUCCUCUCAGGGCUGUCCACCGGUUUCACUUCGCCGAUGUCGAGGAUCGCUGGCACAGAGGCGAUUCUCGAGCCGCCCCCGACGGAGAACGGCACUGGUGAUGGGGCACGCCAAAACGCCUCUGCCGCAGCAUCGACAGCGACCGUCGCAACGAGCGACGACAUCCUGCGAGGCAUCUACAACGAGAAGCUGCAGGCCAGCGUACGAAGCAUCAUCAUGACGCUCACGACAGAGUUGCCGCAGGACCACAUCUUCCUUCAGCUGCUGGCGGACCCCACGACGCUGCAGUAUUGCAAAGUGCGUCUCGGCGAGGUUGUUGAAGGAUUUCUGUACUCAACACAGGCAGAGCAGUACCAUGCACUUGCCACCGAGUUUGCACGGGGCGAGCGGGACUGUGCGAUGUUGCACCAGCGGAUCGGAGAGCUCGAGGCAGCGCUGGCGUUGACGAGUGCGCCUGCCCAAUCAUCAACACCGCAGCGGCCGGGGCCCUCGCCGCUCGUCGUGCCGAGCGGCACCAGCGUGGAUCACGCGUACCAGGCAGCGCAGGCAGCUUCGCCGUGGACCUCGUCCCCUACCAUGAUGCCCGCGCAGGCAGCGGCAGCUCCAACCACUUCCUCGGUCUCCCCCAGCAUCGUUGUCAACCCCAUGGAGAACGAGGAGGCGCGUCGUGAGCUGCUCCGCGUUCUCGAGCAAGCCACGCACGACCAGGAACUGCACCGUUGCACCCAAGCGCUGCACGCCGUCAGUAAAGUAGUCGACAUCGCCCAUGACGAGGCGCAUUAUGAUGACAAGUACUUGUUCGAAGGGGAACUGCUAGGCGAGCUGUUCAAGUGCGUCCACUCGCUGCUGCACUACGUCGACAGCGCUCUGGAGAGCCAAGAGCGACUGCGGUUUGAAGUCCAGGAACAGCAACAGCAUUGGCUGUACGGUGCCGCCGCGGACAACAUAAAGUCGAUCAAUGACGGCGCAGUCGGUGGUAGCGCGGUGAGCGCCAGCCACUCUGCAUUCGCCUCCGCAGGCGCAAAGGUCAAUAGCGCCCCAGGUGCGUUGCUGGUCUCCGGCUGCUCGACGCCGCGGCGCCCGCAGGUGUCGCUGGGCAAUGCGGGCACAGCACUAAUGAGCAGCGCUGCCGGCUCCCGUUUCUCCUCCGUCUCCUCCCCUACCGGUGUGGAUCCCACGCGUCCGAUUCAGCAACAACGGGAGCGACUGCAGCGACUGGCAGAGCAACUGCGCGAAGGGCAGCAGCAUGCCAGUCAAGUGCUCCAAGCACUGGCGCACAUGGAGUGCACGCGUCGUCGCGAGGUGGCUCAGCUGGAGCGGGAAGUGGCCAUCACACGUGAAGAGGCAGCAGCAGCAGCGCUCAGCGCAGCUGAUGGCGCGCGGCAGGUCAAGGAGAGCUCGGAGCGGCUUCGUGCCGAGCACGCGGCCUCUGUCGCCAGCGAACGAACAGAGCUGCGCGACCAGCUGGCGGAUGCUCAUGCGCAGUUGGCGGUAACCACACAGGACGUAUACACGGCGCGGCGUGAGCUGCGCAGUACUACAAGUAGAGCCGAGGCGGCUGAAGAACGAGAGAAGAACCUAGUCGCAGAGCUGGAUGCCCUCAAGGCUGCCAUGGCGCGCCGCGACGCGGAAUUGCAAGAGCAGAAAGCCGACCGCGUCACUCGGCAGGCCGAGCUGACGGCUCUCAGAGCCGCCCACCAGCUCAACAUUGACGCGCUUCAGGAUUCCGGACGAGAACUACUGUGUCUGCGCGUAGAGGGAACCAUGGCGGGUCUCGCUGCCCUCUACCAGGAAGCAAAGGCUGCCAAGGCGGAGCUGCUAGAGCGCGAAGGAUAUCGACCCCUCUUCCACAGAUGCCGCCUUGCUGUAGCGUCUCAGAAAGAGGCUGCACGCCAUGCGCAGGCACAGUCUCAGCUGGCUGAAUCAGCGCAAGUGGAACAGGCAGUGGCCCAGCGUGGGUGCAUGGACACGCUUGGCGUGCUGCUGCGCUCCAUGUGGGCAGACGAUGCUAUCGAGUCUUCCCUCACAUCGUCCUCCCCGAGCACAGUCCCACCGGCUCCCAGUGCGAUUCACUUGACAGACGGCGACGACACGACCGAAGCAGCCAGGGGCGGCAGCACCGCCAGUAGCAACGCGGCAGUCCCCGGUGCAGUGAACAUAAGGGGCUCGCCUUGCUAUCGCCUUCCCACGACGCUUCCCGGCCUCUGUACCUCCCUGGAAUACGCCUACGACAAUGUCCGCGCCCGGCACCGCGCCAGACAGCAGACGAUCGACUUGCUGCGCGCUGAGCUGGUAAGCAAUGACAUUGAACUACGCGCGGCGCAGGCCAGUGAAGCGCAGCUGCGGGAGCUGCUAAGGGCAGAGCAGUCCAAGGAGGAGCAGUGGAAGGCAGAGAUGGCACAGCUCAGUGAACGUAACCCGAUGCGAGGGCUGCUCGCGCGGCAAGAUACGCUGUUGAAGGCCGUCAGCGAUGAGCGCAACGAGCUGCGUCGACUGUGGAACCGACUGACUGGUGACUACAUCGCCCUGGAACAGCGCAACGGCGUCUUGCACGCCCGGUGUGCCGAAAAGGAGCACGAGAACGCACGGCUAAGUGGGUUGCUGCGACGAGGUGGUACGCCGACCACCUCAACCGGCUCUCAAUACAGAAGAGCCGCUUCUUACGGUGCCGCGCGAGUCGCAGCCGCGAUUCCAGCGGCUGCAUCGACAGCCACGGAAGCCGCGCCAGGGCCUCGAACGCUUGCGACAGCAGCGGCACAGCUCGACACCUCGGCCGGUCACCCAGUCUCCACACGAGGGCCCGACUCUUCCUCUUCUUCACGCUCGGACUCCACUGAAGCCUCGUCGAAUAAAGCGCUCGAGUAG